AUGGCAGCAAGCGCGCCAUCUCCAGAGCCCUCCUCGUCCUCGUCCUCGUCCUCGCUCUCAGCAGGCCCGGCAAGUUUGGGCCAGAUGUCCUCCUUGUCCCCGGAGUGCACUCCGCUCAAGCAUCGCUACGACCAGUGCUUCAAUCGUUGGUUCGAGCACUAUCUCCAGGUCACCACACCGGGUAGCAGCCUCUCGUCGACCUCAGGCAGCCAAGCAACAACAGCGGAUGGCCAGAAUGCUGCAGCGUCUGCACGCAAGAGGAGCUUCUGGAGCAGAGGAGGGGGCAGCAAUACGGCUUCGAAUGAAGAGGAAGGAGGACGCGGAGCAGCAGUAGUGGCAGGAGCGGCAGCGGGUCCAGAGGAGAUGGAACGGCGGAGAAAGCUGAGGGAUGAUUUGGAGACGCAGUGUGGGGGACUCUUUGGCGAAUACAAGGGUUGCGUAAAAAAAGCACUACAAGAAAAGGAUAUCCUCCCUCUGCUCACAACCGCUCGCGAGCUCAACCCUUUCCCCUUCCCGGACGCCUCGCAAGAGACAUCGAGAGGGCAACAAGGGGACAACGAGCCUUUCCCCUUUCCACAAGCCAGCAAGGAGCAAGUUCGAGAUUGGGAGAAGCGGUCCGGGUGGUGA